UAACUGGCAUUCUAGUUGUUGCGUUUUAAGCGUUUUAUUUUUUAUAAUCUUGAAUAAAUUUUGUUAUCUAAGGAACUUCUGUUGGACAGUCAUUGAAUUAAAAAAAAAAACCGCGUUCUUGAUGAAUGUGAAAACAAGUGAUUGAAAUUGGAGGCCGUAAAUCAUAGUGGGCCGGACGCUUGGCAAUUGUCACGCCAAUCUUGUGGAGUUCGUAAUUAGCCCGGGACACCGUGGGGAAUACCGAAUUGCUGAUCGAUGGUGUGUCGGUUGCCGCGGUGACUGUGGGGACGCGUGUGCCUUUGGCCGGUGACUCAUAACAGGACGUAGGGAUGGACACUGACGAUGGCGAGUCUUCAAGUAGCGGGCCUAUGUCUAGCCUUAACAGCCUAUUCUCAUUUACCAGUCCCGCUGUCAAAAAACUACUUGGCUGGAAACAGGGCGAUGAAGAAGAAAAAUGGGCUGAGAAAGCAGUAGAUAGUUUAGUCAAAAAGCUCAAGAAGCGGAAAGGUGCUGUCGAGGAGUUGGAGAGGGCUCUCUCGUGUCCUGGGACACCAUCGAAGUGUGUCACAAUACCCCGUUCAUUAGAUGGAAGAUUACAGGUUUCUCAUCGCAAAGGCUUGCCGCACGUGAUAUAUUGUCGAGUAUGGAGAUGGCCGGACCUUCAGAGCCACCACGAACUCAAACCUCUCGAGAUUUGCCAGUUUCCAUUUAGCGCCAAACAAAAAGAAGUCUGCAUAAACCCCUAUCACUAUAAGCGUGUUGAGAGCCCCGUUCUCCCACCUGUCUUAGUGCCACGGCAUUCAGAGUUCGCUCCCGGCCAUUCUCUAUUGCCAUUCCAAAGAACCGCCGAACCUUCUAUGCCCCACAAUGUCUCUUACUCUGGUUCAGGUUUUCCGCCGUCAGCCAGCUCUGAAUUACCAGACACCCCGCCUCCAGCGUACUCGCCGCCUUCCGAAGACUCUGAACCUCCUGGCGAGGUGGCCCCAGUUUCCUAUCAAGAGCCCCUAUAUUGGGCUUCAGUCGCUUACUAUGAACUAAACUGUAGGGUGGGUGAGGUAUUCCACUGUAACUCCCAUUCUGUUGUCGUCGACGGCUUCACUGAUCCGUCGAACAAUAGCGACAGGUUUUGCCUUGGGCAGCUCAGUAAUGUCAAUAGAAACUCCACUAUAGAAAACACAAGGCGUCACAUAGGGAAGGGAGUGCAUUUGUAUUACGUAGGGGGGGAAGUGUACGCGGAAUGUCUGUCUGAUGCUGCGAUAUUCGUGCAGAGUCGUAACUGCAAUCACCAUCACGGCUUCCAUCCGUCGACCGUGUGCAAGAUCCCGCCCGGCUGCUCGCUAAAGAUCUUCAAUAACCGGGAGUUCGCGCAGCUGCUUUCCCAGAGCGUGAACCACGGCUUCGAGGCGGUAUACGAGCUGACCAAGAUGUGCACUAUCCGGAUGUCGUUCGUGAAGGGCUGGGGGGCGGAGUACCACCGACAGGACGUGACGUCGACGCCGUGCUGGAUCGAGAUCCACCUGCACGGGCCCCUGCAGUGGCUCGACAAGGUGCUGACGCAGAUGGGCUCCCCGCACAACGCCAUAUCCUCCGUCUCCUAGCCUCCCCACCCACCGUGAUCCUGAAUAGAUACUAAAAUCUCAUUUUGAUUUUUUUUUAAUUUGCAUUUGAUUAUUUUAAGUUUUAACGGUUUCUUUGAUACGAUCGUGACUUUGAUAAACUUACGUUGGUAUUUUAUUAUUAUUAUUAUUUUAAUAUGUUAUUAUUUUUACAAAAUUUAGAUGAGUUUUGAUUAAUUCGUUUUUUUUUUAUAUAUAACUUGUAUUUUAUUAUUAUGUUUGCUGUUGUAUCGAAGCCAAAAUGGCGUCUAAUGCAGCUCAAAUUAAGUGUCCAACUUUUUAAAGAGGUAAGGUAGUGUGAUCGUUUGUUAUGAUUACAAUAAAGACAUAAUUAAGGAUUUAAUUAUACUCGUGAAAGUUAUGACAAGGUAGAAAAGAUAUUAUUUUGUAUAUAUAUAUAUUAUAUAUAACAAGUGCUUUUGUGGGAAUUUUGCAUAGGGAUGUAGUAUAAAAGUAAUAAUUAAAAACUCACUCUCUUAUAGUCUAUUCUUUUUAUAUAUUUCGUCUUUGCAUGUGUAUUUUUGUCAUAAGAAUAGAGUAUAAAACUGAAAUUUUAUAUCGGAAUAGCAAUUUGCUGGUUGAAUUCAAUAGUUGCACUAAUAAAUACUAAGGUUUUGCGAACCUGCGAUUGACUGCGGACGAUGCUCAUUUGUAUGAAAUAGUUUGUGAACGAUCGCGGGCGACGUUUUCACUUUCAUUAAGAUUCAUACAAACCAGCUGGUUGAUUUCUGCAGCGGCGGCUGAGCAACAAUUCCGCUAGUUUUGAGAGUUUACCUUAAAAGAGAUAAAUGGACCGUUUAUUUUGAAAGUGGUGUAAGUCCAUUUUCUUUUGUUUCGAGAAAAUUAAAGGUUACUAUAUUUGUUGAUU